ACAACCUUAAUUAAACUAGAGAAGACCUUUUCUACUAGUAUUGUGUGUGUGUAUUCACAUGGGAAACAAACUUUGUGGUGAGGAGCAUUGUUCUAACCAUGUAACACUUGGAAAUCAUGCUUGCAUUGACAUGAUAAAAGAAUGAGAGUGAUGAUGAUGGAGGAUACAGCCGGGCAUGGACAACGUCAUACAAAGUAUAUGAGUCAAGUUGCACACUCUACCUUAAGAAAUAUGUCGACGAUUGUGACGAUGUCAACGAGGUACUCCUCAAACUUGAAGAUGACAUAUGUUCUGGCGGCAGUAUCGUGUGUGGGUAAGAAGAGUUCACACCAAUUCUUUUGAUUUACAUUUUAAGUAUGACCAAAAAUUUGAUGAUGUUAUGUCCUUCAAGUCAAUGAGACAUUUGAUCGUCGAGGUUGUGUUAUGACGAGGGUUUAUUGCUAUGGGAAGGGAAGCAAAAGGGGCCUUAUUGUUGUCGAGGGGAAGAAAAGAAGUAGUGAGGAUAAAAACCUCUACGCAAUAACGGUGGCACAGUAUUAUGCUAUUAGUCAUGAAAAUAUUUGCAAUCAAAAUAAAAUCAACGUUGGUCUUUCUAUGAUUGUUCAUAUUCAUGUGUUAAAUGAUAGCUUCAAUUAUACCGUGAAGGGUCCUGAUCAACACCCUUCUUCAGCAUUGUUUUACAUGAUUGACCAAGUCUACAAAAGCGGGAGUUGGAAGCUCGCGUCAUGCCCUCAUUGUGCCGGUGAACCUCAAGGAUGUCAGUCGAUUGAGGUCAAGCAAAAUGAUGAUGACAUUCUACGGACUAACUUGGUUAGCUUUCCCACAUACAAACAAUUAUCCAAAUCAACAAAUUAUCAAUCUCAACCAUAUGAUUUUUAUCAACGGUCAAGAUCAUCGCCAGAGUCACGUUUGUACAUAAGAAAUCUAAAUUUUCCAACAAGUUCGGCGCCACAUCAUGGCCGUACGGAAAAUAAGAGAUUGGAGUUGAUCGACAAUAAAGACAUCAACGGAAAUGGAAAUGGUAAUAGAAUUGAAGGGGAUCAAAAGUUUAUAUUAUCCAUUCCAUUAUAUUUUGGGAAAAGAAAAAUCCUACAAUCGAGAGCCAAAGCAUGAUGAUGCAAGUGAACCUAGGACAUCCAAUUAAUGAUCUUGUGUUCAAUUAAUAUAUAUGUAACCUAUAGGAGAUGUAUAAUAAACUUGUGUGUGCUUCUUAAUUACUA